AUGAGUACUGACAAGCCCUACGUCCUGGUUACAGGCGCGACAGGAUUCAUCGGCGCUCAUGUCGUCGACUUGCUGCUCGAACGCGGUUGCAGGGUCAGGGGAGCGGCGAGAAACAUGGGCAAGGCGCAGCUAAUGAAAGACGCUCGUCCGCAGUACGCAGACCAACUGGAUUUCGUGCAAGUGGCAGAUUUCGCGGGGUCGUCGUCGACGUCUUCCUUUACUGACGCGGUUAAGGGCAUUGACGGUAUCGUCCACCUCGCGAGCCCGCUGAGCUUCAAGCCCGGGGACAACGAGAAGGACGUGGUCCUCCCAGCCAUCCAAGGAGUCAAGUCGGUGCUGCACGCCGCCGCCAGAGAACCAUCAGUCAAACGCAUCGUCAUCACUUCGUCGUUUGCCGCAGUCAUCGACGACGGCCGCAAGGAAGCUACAAAGUUCACGUACACAGGCAGAGACUGGAACCCACAGUCAUACGACGAGAGCAUUGAUCCCACAACCAGUCCUGAAAUGGCGUAUCGAGGGUCCAAAAAGUUCGCGGAGCUGGAAGCCUGGAACUUCAUCGACAGGGAAAAGCCCACGUUCGACAUCGUCACGCUGUGUCCGCCCAUGGUGUUCGGCCCGAUGCGGCACCCAGUCACGACGCUAUCGGACCUCAACGAGACAAGCGAGGCGCUGUGGAAGAUCACAAGCGGUCAGGAUAUCCCCAGGGGUAUCACAUUCUACAUCGACGUUCGGGAUCUUGCCCUCGCGCACGUGGAAGCGCUGCUGCGACCGCAGUGUGGGAACAGGCGGUACACGAUCGCGGCACCGGAGAGGUACACUUGCACCAUGGCCGCGGACAUCAUCGCGGAAGAGUUCGAUUGGGGUAGGGACCGAGUCGCAAAAUACGAUACACCCCAGGAGUUUGACGAGACGUGUACUCUCGACGGCGAGGAAGCUGCUAGAGACUUGGGCAUCACGUAUAGAAAGUUCCGCACUUCGGUCGUGGACUUUGUGAAGCAGGCGAUUGAAAUUGAGAAACGGGGCAUGUAA